GUUUCAUUCCCGAUUAUUUAGGAGUCCAUUUUAUGGUUAUCCUGGUUUUGCAGUUAUAAUCAUAGCAAAUGGAAAUUAUGAUAAACUUAUAUAGAUGUUAUUAUUAUAAUUUGUUAUUGGCACGAGAAUAUAGAUUUAAAAGUCAGCGAAAUGGGUAACACCAAAAUAUAUUCAAGAACAUUAAGGGCUAUUUGAUAAAAAUCAUAAUUAAUCAUAUAAUUGAAGAUCAGGAUCGAUAUCAAAUGGAGCCAUCAAGUAAUUCUAAGAAUCAGGACCUAAAGCAUGAAAAAAUUGAUGUUCAAGUUGAGCAGCUUCCAAUAGCAGUAGAGGAUCAUGAGAUCCUAGGGGAAUACAUUAAGAUUGAUCAGAAAAUGCUUCCAACUGACAAACAGGAUCUUGAGAUGAAACAGCAGACUGAAAUUCAGGAGCAAAGGGAUCAACAGCAGGAUGUGGGGAGCCAGUUGCCACCUAGGCAUCUCAAUGGUGCCGCCUCCCAAUCGACUCAACUGCGUCCAAGUCGCGUGACGCCACCCAUGCCGUCGGAGGAAACGAUGCGCCACUCCAUAGCCGACAACCUUAUGGAGAUCCUGGUAAAUAUGACUAAACCGCAGCAUCGACAGCGCUGCUUUUCCCUCUUGCAGGUGGGCGAUGCUCUGCAGGCACGCAGUCGCAUCCUGGCCGUCCUGCAGCAAAUCGACGAGAGGCGCACCACUCGCAGAUGA